AAGGAUGUGAGGAGUAACCACUGGUGUCCUUCCUGAGUUGAGAGCGCAGGAGGAACUAAGAAUUAACUUCAAAAUCAAGUGAUAUCUUCAGGAGAGAGAUGGACCUCGCCGCCAAGAGCUCCCAAUCGGGUCAGUCCUCACAAACCCCACCGGAGCCACCAACGCAGUAAGAAGGCAAAUCGGACCACCAGAGAUUUCACCAUGGGAAUUUGUCGCAGAACUAACAGGAGGGUGAUAAGCCACAAUACUGUUACGUGAGGAAGAAUAAGAAGAAGGUGGCGGGAGAAGAAGGGAAAAUUCAAGAAGCUUUGAAUUCGGAGAAAGACUCUUGUUCAGCCGGAGGGUCUGCUUGAGUGAAAGACUUGACUUCAAUAAGAGGGUCUUCUGUUAGAGACCAUUGAGGAGCUUAAAUAAGGAGUAUAGAUUUCAUUUGGAAGUUAGCUUUGUAUAGUGGGUUGAGUCGUUUGACUUGAGGAGGAUUCGAUUGGGAUAAGCCAUCUAUUCUCAAUUGAUUCUCUAUACAAAGUGUAAUACAUUGUUUCCAUUGAUUCAAUAAAGAGAUAUGAGUGUGGCGAUCGAGUUCUAGUGAAGAAUCUGAGCUAAAACUCUAUCAAUUGGUGCGGUGAGCGAUUUGCGAUAGCUCUGGUUGACGAAUCUGCUGGAAGAAUCGAUAAUCUGGAGAAAGCUGGUAAGCAGAGAUCUCUUAGCGUUAUUCACUCAGUUCUAAGUGAAAAAGUCCUACAAGAACUCUAGAAUCAAACCACGGCGAGAGUAGAGAGAAGCUAACGAGACAACAAAGGGUCUGGAGGCAGUGACACUUCUUAUCUCCGGCGAGGGAAAGCAACCCAGAUCUGGGACCAUCCAUCACAGAUGAGAAGGCUUCAGGAUCCCUUAGCCUCAUCGACUAUCCUUCUCUUCGCCGUUGCUCCAGGGCUUCUGCAGACAUCCAAAGCCUCUUGCUAGAUCCGCCAGUAGAACCCUGAAAAAUCCAGAGCCACCGGAAAAAGAGAAGAGAGGUCAAGACAGGAGGUUAAGCGGAAACAGAAACAAAGAAAAUAACGAGGAGAGGUGGCGACCGGCGGUGAAAACAGAGACCGCCGACCACCGUAUGUAUAUUUUACGGAGGAGCUCUAGAGAGUUUUAGGAGAGAGAGUUUUAAAUUUCUAUUUCGCCUUUAAAAAUGAUAUUAGAUUUUGAUCCGCACUUGGAAAGCACGGAUUAGUUUUGAAAUUAAAUCAUUUUUAACUGAAUUUCUAUAUAAUACAAUGUAUAGGUUUGCAUAUAUUUAUCCACAACUGCGAACAAGAUCGUAGCAAACUGUAGAAAAAAAUCCAAAUUGAACUGAAUCAAAAAAUUGAAAAAUUGAAACCGAAUCGUGAACAAAAUGGGUACCUGAAUUUUUAAAAUACAAAUUAUACACCAACAAAUAUUAAUUAUAUUUAAUUUCUAAAUAACUAAAUAUCCUAAAAAUACUAUUUAUAAACUGAAUUCUCAAAAAUUGAAUAUUUUUAUUCAAAUAUUAAAAAAAUAUCUGAAUUAUCCGAUAUAUUAAUUUAUCCGAACAACCCAAAUUAAACCAGAACGAAUUGGGCCCAAAUUGUUUUGGAUAUUAGUUGGUUCCCAACUUCGCUACCGAACCAAAAAUCGGAAUAAUCCAAUUUAAACCAAACAAAACUUUGUAAAUAUUUUAACGUUUCCUAAAUUUCUAAAACCAAAAUACCAAAAACAGAAUACCAGAACCAAAAGAAUGAUGAAGAAUAAUAGUGCUUAUACAUUUAAAAGGUGCGAAGAAAAUAUUUUAAUUUUUAGAAAUUAUGUAACUCCUUUUAGUAGGAGUAUAUAUGUAGUUUACUGACGAAUUAAUAUAUAAACAGUGCUUUCAUAUCCGAUCCGGAUCUGAAGAUGAACCGGUAAACUGGUGGCCGCAUAUAAUACGGACUGGCUUAUAUUCUUCAUGUAACAUUCUAUCAUGAUUCUGCCAACUGAUAUGUUUCAACAAAAUUUAGUUUAAUUAAGACCUAUUAAUUAAUAGAGUAGCCUUUUGAUGUUAAAAAAAAUAUAAGUGAAAAAUCUAAUAAAACAGAAAAUUUUGUCAUUAACCCGUGAACCGAAAUAGAUUGACCGGACAAAAACCCAAAAAAAUCAGAUAUUAUUUUUUUUAAAAAAUGGAUUAUAAUUCUCAUACACUUUAUAAUAAUAUACACAAAAGCUAAUAAACUAUUUUAUUUGUCACAUAAAUUAAAUGCAUUGUAUUUAUGAUAUGAACUUCAAUUUAUAGGUUUUGGCAUGAUCAAUACUACGACGACUUUAAUGUAGAUAAUUGUUUUUAGAAGCAUACAAUGAGUUUAUGCCUAUUGAUAAAAUUAAAUUUAUGAUUGAUGAAAUUUACUUUCUUAAUGAGUCAUAAAUGUAAUAAGUUAAAUUAAUGGGUAUGUAUAGUUUUAAUCCCAAAAACUAAAAAUAAAAUUGUCAUUCAAAAAAAUUAAAUUUCCUUUGUAAAUGUAGAGGUAUUUUGAGAAAUUGUCAUUUUAUUAAAGAAAAAUAGGAAUGUUUCUGAUUUUAUAUUAUAAAUUAGUUCAAUCUCUUUAUAAUGUCUUUAUAAUUUUUCAAAACAAAAUCUCUUCGUAAUAUUAAACAUACUAAAUAGUUAUGCGAUCGUUCACGUAACAAGAAAACAUCCAUCGAGCUAAACAAUACAGAUGCGAUCGGAGGUAUAUCUCACUCAUGACCUCACAAGUCACGACGUUAAUUAAUGUUAAUACCACCACAAUAUAUUAGUAUAGAAUAGAAUAGAUUUAAGAUAGAUUAGAGUCAUGUUUGUAUUAUGUCUUGUCUCUAAAGUCUUACUUUGAUUUACAUUCAGUUCUACUCUUUCACAUCAAAACCCACAUCGUUUAGCUAAACAAGGAACGUGAAUACGAUGAUGCAUAAAAUCUCUAUUCUAUCUCUACACUUACUAUUAGUACUCUGUCUCCAUCCUCUCACCACCACAGCGGACGGUAAUUUCACCACCGGCAUUGAUACAUGGUGCGAUCAAACUCCAUACCCUGAUCCAUGCAAUCACUACUUCCGACGCCACAACGGUUAUCGCCUACCGACACAUCUAUCCGAGUUCAGAGUAAUGCUGGUGGAAGCAGCCAUGGAUCGGGCCAUAUCCGCUCAAGACAAGCUGAAGAUGUCCGGUCUGAACUGUACUGAUUGCCGGAAACAAGCCAUUUUGACAGACUGCAUUGACCUAUAUGGAGACACUGUCCUUCAGCUAAACAGGACGCUGCAAGGCUUGUCUCCAAAAACCGCCGGAGAACCGUGCACCGACGUUGACGCUCAAACGUGGCUGAGCACCGCGCUUACAAACACAGAGACAUGCCGACGCGGCUCCUCUGAUCUUAACGUCUCAGAUUUCACCACACCAAUCGUUUCAAACACCAAGAUCUCCCACCUAAUAAGCAACUGCUUAGCCGUCAACGGAGCCCUCUUGACCACCGGAAACAACGAUACCACCACCACUGAUGAUCCGAAGGUUUUUCCAGCAUGGGUUUCCCGUAAAGAGAGGAGACUUCUGAAAUUGCAAUCCGCACCUACCGUCCCAGCCAACGUCGUGGUGGCCAAGGACGGAUCGGGACGUUUUAAGACGGUUCAAGCAGCUAUUGACCUGGCUGGACGGAGAAAGGUGACGUCAGGGAGGUUUGUGAUAUACGUGAAGAGAGGGAUAUAUCAAGAAAACAUAAACGUACGUCUCAACAACGAUAACAUAAUGUUGGUCGGCGACGGAAUGAGAUACACCAUUAUCACCGGAGGUCGCAGUGUCAAAGGAGGCUACACAACUUACAGUUCUGCCACUGCCGGUAUCGAGGGGCUUCACUUCAUAGCGAAAGGCAUAACAUUCCGGAACACAGCGGGUCCGGCUAAAGGCCAGGCCGUGGCACUCCGAUCAUCUUCAGACCUCUCAAUCUUUUACAGAUGCGCAAUGGAAGGAUACCAAGACACACUGAUGGUCCAUUCGCAACGCCAGUUUUACCGCGAGUGCUACAUCUUCGGAACCAUCGAUUUCAUCUUUGGAAAUGCAGCCGUAGUUUUCCAAAACUGUAUCAUCCUCCCUCGUCGGCCACUACAUGGUCAAUCCAAUGUAAUAACCGCACAAGGUCGUGCUGAUCCUUUUCAAAACACAGGUAUCUCUAUCCAAAACUCAAUAAUCCAACCAGCUGCCGAUCUAAAACCUGUGAUCCGUAGCGUUACGACGUACUUGGGCCGGCCUUGGAUGAAAUACUCGCGCACCGUGAUUCUUAAGACGUAUUUGGAUAGUUUUGUGAGUCCAGUUGGGUGGUCUCCGUGGAUCAAAGGUUCGACGUACGCUCUCGACACAUUGUUCUAUGCGGAAUAUAAGAAUAUUGGACCAGCUUCGUCGACGAGGUGGCGUGUCCGUUGGAAAGGUUUUCAUGUGCUAAAUAAAGCUUCCGAUGCUUCUGCUUUCACUGUUGGAAAAUUCAUCACAGGUACUGCAUGGCUCCCACGUACCGGCAUACCCUUCUCUUCCGGACUCUAAAGGCCGUUGUUUGGUUUUAUCAUGCUUAAAUUACAAUGAUGUAAUAGUUAACAAUUCUUGAAUGUAAUUAAAUAUUAGUGCGCUUGCUACGAGAA